AUGGAUUCCAAGGCGACAGCUCAUGUCGAGCACAAGCUCGCGGUACCAACCCAGUCGCUGGGCGAGAAUACAAUCGGAAUCGACGAUGAAGCUCUUCUGCAAAUGUCCGAGCAGAUCCCCAAUUUCGUCAACGUCGUCGAAAAAGCUCAUCGCGCAUCCAAAUUUGAGCAUAACCUGACCAACCGCGAUGCCUUCAAGAUCUUUCCUAAGGCCAUCGGAUUCUCGCUUAUCCUGUCCCUUGCCAUUAUUAUGGAGGGAUAUGACACUUCCCUCCUCGGCUCCUUCUACGCCUACCCAACCUUCCGUGAGAAAUUCGGAGUCCACACCGAAGCAAACGGUUACCAAGUUACCUCCAACUGGCAAACUGGUUUGCAGAAUGGAACCAACGUGGGACAGAUCCUGGGCCUGAUUUUUGCUGGUCUCAUUGCAGACCGCUGGGGCUACAAGAAGACUAUGCUGGGUGCCUUGCUUGCCUUGAGUUGCUUUAUCUUCCUCAUGUUCUUUGCCCAGAAUAUCAUCAUGUUGCUAGUUGCUGAAGUCCUCUGCGGUAUUCCAUGGGGAGCCUUUCAAACUUUAACAACCACGUAUGCCGCCGAAGUCAGUCCCAUCGUCCUUCGACCAUACCUGACAACCUACGUCAACCUCUGCUGGGUCACCGGCCAGUUCAUCUCCGCGGGAAUCCUGCGCGGAUUGUUGGGCCGUACUGAUCAAUGGGGCUGGCGCAUUCCAUACGCAAUCCAAUGGGUGUGGCCUGUUCCUAUCAUCAUUGGUGUCCUCUUCGCUCCCGAGUCUCCCUGGUGGCUUGUUCGAAAUGGAAGAACUGAGGAUGCAAAGAGGUCUCUCAAUCGACUGUCUAGACCUGGUAUCUCGGAAUACGAUGCUGAUGAUGCCGUUGCACUGAUGAUCCUUACAAACGCCAACGAAAAACUCUCUCGGGAAGGUGUCUCAUACUGGGAUUGCUUCAAGGGAGUCGACCUUCGCCGCACUGAGAUCGUUUGCUGCGUCUGGAUGUGUCAAGUCUUCUGCGGUAUCUGGUAUGGAGGCAACAUCGUCUACUUCCUCCAGCAAAUUAACUUCAGCAACGAACAAGCCUUCAACUUUGGACUCGGAUUGAACGCCGUCGGCUGGUGUGGUACUGUUUGCUCGUGGUUUGUGAUGCAGCGAGUCGGUCGCCGCAAGUUGUUCGUUACCGGUCUUGGUAUCCUAUUCUCCAUCUUGAUGCUGGUUGGAUUCCUCGGUAUCCCGAGUGGCAAGAACGCAGGAAUCAGCUACGCCUCAGCUGCUCUGUUGAUGGUUUUCGUCUUCACUUAUGACCUGACCGUUGGCCCUGUGACCUAUUGUCUCAUUUCUGAGAUCCCGUCUACUCGCCUUCGAAUCAAGAGUACUGUGCUUGCUCGUGACUGCUACAAUGUAGCCAGUAUUGUCGCCAAUUUCCUGAACCCUCCGAUCCUCAACCCGUUGGCGUGGAAUUUGAAGGGCAAGGGUGGCUUUAUCUGGGCUCCUCUUUGUCUUAUCUGCUUUGUCUGGUCUUUCUUCCGCCUUCCUGAGCCUAAGGGGCGGACUCCCGCCGAGCUUGAUAUUUUGUUCGAGAAGAGGGUUCCUGCUCGGAAGUUCACCAAGUUUGAGGUUACGCCGUUCCGGUCUGCUAACUUUGAGGUUGUUUCCGAUGCAACUGCUUUUUCUGAGAAGUACUAG